AUGCAUGCCUUGAUCGGAGGCGAUACACACUUCGAAGACCUCCUCGAAGACUUCAUCCUCGAAGGAGGGUUUUUCGGCAGACUCGGAGUGUAUAUCCCACCUGUGUCCUCUGACGAUGCGUUCCAGACAGCCCAAAUCCUAGCUCUCAUCCGCGCGGCGCAAGCUCGAGCGAAUCGACGCUUGCAUGAGCGCGCACCGUGCCCAUCCGCUGUCUACCCCCGUAGCUCCUCUGCGAGGUCUUCUCCCACCUCCACCGGAACAAGUAGGACUCCUGAGCACCCGCCUGCCCUUGGCACGUUCCUGCACCACAUCUUCGCCAUCUCGCUUGGCUCUCGCACUAUCCACGCCCGGACUCUCGAAGAGGAGGAGAUUUGGAAGGCUAUGAAGGCGUCCAUGCCCACGGGAGGUGGCGAAGACCUCAUGGACGACAGCGGCAGCGAGGACGAUGACGAUGACGAUGACGAAGAUGAGGACGACGAUCUGGCGGAGGAUGAAGAUGCUGAAGAAAAAGAGGACAGCGAUGCUGACGACCUCAUGUCCCUCGUCGAAGGCUCUGAUAACGAGGACCUCAUCUCGCUCGACGGAGACGUACCCGAGGGUCUCAUCGAAUACGACGGGCCCGACGACUCUGACGACGGCGAUGACCCCGGUGUGCUCGUACCCGAUGUUGACCGAAAACACGAGGAGGCGAUGACCGGUGGGAAGGGCGGCAAACGCAAGAAGCUGCGCUCGCUGCCUACGUUCGCGACCUAUGAGGACUAUGCGAAGUUGAUCGAGGAGGGACCGGAGGAUGAUAUCUGA